UAAUGCGUUUACGUGGGUGUGACGCCGCUACGGACCGUAAUGUUCAUUGCGUGUCUCCACGAAACAACUUGGCGAUUGAUAGCCGGCUGGGGUUGAAGUGCGAGGGGAAAUACCGAGUGUUUUACGUCACCGACGCAAGCGAAACAAAGUUCGCGGCAAGUGAGAUAUUGAGCAGAGCCCCAGCUGUGCGUGUUCGCGUGCUUCCCUGCCGAGUUUAGCUCCCAAUACAACUUGUCUUUCGGAAAAAACGCUGGUCAGGACGUGGAGAAGAGCAACUAUGCGACUCCGUUUACGCAUCGCCACAAGUCCGGUCAUCCAGAACCGUUUUUGCUCCGGUUGAUCUACUACCGCGUGGGUGCUCUCCGGUUGUUGUUGGUGCGUGCACCGACCAAAGCGUGCGAUAUGUCAGUGUCAGAUUUUUGUAUCACGCUCGAAGACACCGUUGACAGAGAGUGCAUCGCCAACUUGGGAACGUGCGGCUUGAACUCCGUGCUAGCAGUGACGGUAUGUGUGGCAACGCUUCUCCUCUGCUCGGAUCAAACUCGCCGAGUGCGCGAUGCGCUCUUCGAGGAGCACAACUCGCGGUGGAUCCUCACGUUCGCUAUAAUCGCUGUCCACCUGUUCGAACUGGCCGACGGUGCUUUGAUCCUGUUAAGGCGCGAGCAGCCCAAACAAAACUUGCAUCCCAUGCUAGGCGCUGGAACGUCGAUCGUGGCCGUCAUUUUAUGCAUUUAUUACUACCAUAAAGUUGAACUGUGCGGGAAGCGGAGGAGACUGUCCGUUUUGCUGUUUUUCUGGCCGUGUGUCGUCGCACUGAAGAUGUCCAAGCUCGUUAUUCUGUACGGAAAAGGACUCGGCAUCAAGCACGCAACUUUAGAAGGCACUUGGUUCGGGUUGUUCUGCUAUCUUGCCAUGUUCCUUGUCGAGCUGUCGACGUUCAUGCAAAAGUUCUGCUCGUUACAGGCAUACAGCUGCAAGUCGGAGCUCAGAGAGGAAGCCAAUGGAGCGUCUGACAGUGACCAAGUCACUUAUCAAUACAGUCGUGCAUCGCUGCUUUCCAAGUGCACAUUCUUCUGGCUGGUGCCUCUGCUGCGACAAGGCUACCGCCGUCCAUUAGAGCUGGGUGACCUUGGCUUUCUGCCAGAAAAACACACAAAUGAGAACCAGUACAGACGAUUUAAUGAAGUGUACUCAAAGGAGAAGGCCAAAGCGGAGGCAAAAGGCACCAGAGUAUCACUGUGGUGCUGUUUCUUGAAGACCUACUGGAGGACGGCACUAGUAGGUGGUCUCAUCAAGGUCAUAGGGGACGUUGUUGGCCUAAUAGGUCCACUCUCUAUCAGCCUGAUACUAGAGUAUGUAGACGAUGUUACUACAAACAAGAUCUCUAGUGUGAGUGCAGACUCAUAUCCAACAGCAGAUGAAGUAUUGAGCAAUGGCUAUAUCUUAUCAUUCAUUAUCCUGAUAGCUACCUUCAUGCAGAGCACAUUUUCAAACAACUUCAACCACAUGGCUAUCAUGGAGAGCAUCCAUGUACGGUCUGCACUCCAGAGCCUGGUGUAUCUGAAAUCUCUGGCCAUUGCCAGUGACAUUGAUGUGGGCAUGGCUGUGAAUCACAUGUCAGUGGACUCCUUCAAUGUGAUGCUGCUGUUCUCCAUGGGCCACUACAUCUGGGCCGUGCCUGUCAAGCUGAUCAUUCUUCUGGUGCUGCUGUACAAGCAGUUGGGCUACAGCGCUCUUGUGGGUGCGGCUACCAUCUAUGUCCUUGCACCACUGCAGUAUUGGAUCUGCACCAAGCUGUCCGAGCUGCAGAAGGAGUCUUUGACGAUCUCAGACAAGCGCAUAAAGCACACAAGUGAAUUACUUCAAGGAAUCAAACUACUGAAGCUCCAUGGCUGGGAGAAAGUGUACGCCAACAUGGUCAAGCAGAUACGGAAAGAGGAACUCGCAGUUUUGAAGAAGGAUGCGAUAUUUGUUGCCCUUAAUACUUUCAUCACACAGGGUUCUGCGAUCUUGCUGACGCUUGUAACAUUUUCUCUGUACUCCAUAAUCGAAGGCAGACCACUCACACCCUCGCAAGUAUUCUCUGGCCUCGCACUGUUCAAUCAGCUCACCGUUCCACUCUACAUCAUUCCUGUUGUCAUCCCCAUUGUCAUCAAUGCCAUCGUCAGCACAAAGAGAUUGUCGGAUUUCCUUAGCCAGCCUGAAGUUGGCGCAGAGGCUCCAUGGAGAAAAAAAGACGACACACCUAAAGCUAUUGUUGAGUUUCACCCUGAGAGCGGUAGUGUCCUGCUCAACAUCAGAGACAGUGAACUACUAGACAAGUUCCUAGCAUCUACAGGCGACGACUCUGACGUCUUCCUGUCGGAUGCCUACUCUCCAAUCGACAGCCCUGCUGUGAUAAACAUGAGCCAUGCCUACUUCACCUAUGACACCAACACCAAAAUUCCCAUUCUUCAGGAUAUGAAUGUCACAGUACCCACCGGUAAGCUCACAAUAAUAGUAGGACCGGUUGGAAGUGGGAAGACAACUCUUCUAGCUGGCAUGCUGGGUGAACUGACGCCGUACAAGGGGACUGUGCACUGGGCAAACACAACUUGCAUUGCUUACGUGCCGCAGAAACCAUGGCUAUUGAAUGCCACUCUCAAGGAGAACAUCCUCUUUGGACAGCAGUAUGAUGGCCGGAGGUAUCACCAGGUGAUUCAAGCGUGCGCACUCCAGCCGGACAUUGACCUGUUGCCAGCACGUGACAUGACAGAGAUCGGCGAGCGCGGCUUCAACCUAAGCGGGGGGCAACGUCAGAGGAUCGCUCUUGCUCGGGCAUUCUACUCGCCAGCCAAAGCAGUUAUCUUGGAUGACCCACUCUCGGCACUUGAUACUCAUGUUGGCAUGCAUGUGUUUGAGCACGGCAUCAGGAAUCUUCUGCUAAGGAGACACCGGACUGUUGUCCUUGUGACUCACAAGCAGGACCUGCUAAUUCAUGCAUCGAAGGUGAUCAUCUUGGAAGGAGGCAAGAUCAGAUGCCAAGGCAACCUGGUUGAGAUUGAGAAGCAGGAGCCAGACCUGGCGACUGUGCUGAGCCGUUCAACCAAGCGGGAGGCCCCGCCCAGCCGGGACAACACAACCAAAGAGCGCCACAAGCUGAUGCGCAUGAUCACCAAGCAGUCCCUCUACCUGGCGAACUCUGGUUCUACACAGGAUCUGCGAUCACAACCACGCCCUGUGACGCUGAGUCGUCAGCUGUCCCAUGACCCGUCAAGCCCUCUUCCCCUGCAUGAUUUGAGCAAUGAUGACACCAGUGCGGCACCACGUAGUGCCCACACUCCAAGGCCCACCUCGGUUGGCUUUCGUUUCAAGGCCAGCGUCUCCACGGACAGCAUGCACUCAACCUCCACGGGGGGCUCAAACACUCCUUCGCUCAUUCGAGGACCAUGGAUGCGUGCCCCUCCAUCUCGCUUGAGUUCGCGGGUUUCAAACACGGCAGAAAAUCUUAUUGAGGAAGAGGAGGAGUACGAAGAGAGUGAAGAAAAGAAGAAACAGGAGUUGCUUGCCAACGGCACAGACCAGUUAGGGGAUGAUGGAAUAACGGGCCCUCUUCUUGGUGGGCCCGACUCGCUCGCUCUUGUUGAAGAGGCCCAGUGGAAGGUGAUAGAAGAGGAGGAGAGGGAACAGGGCAAGAUACCAUGCUCAGUAUACCUCGACUACAUGCGGUCGUGCCGGCUUCUGCUGGUGGUAUUGGUGUGCGUUCUGUUUGCGGCAAACCAAGGGGCCAAACUCGGCUCCGACUUCUGGCUCACUGGCUGGUCGGAAGCGUCCAGGGACAUCAAUGCCACUGUCCCAGCAAGCCAGGACGACCUGGCAUGGGGCUACCUGAUGGGAUACUUGGGCCUCUCCAUGUUCAGCAUCGUCCUUUCCCUCGUGACAAACAUGUCUGCCCAGUUAGUGUCCCUGCGCUCGGUCAAGGUGUUCCACAACAACAUGAUCGACAACAUUGUCCAGUGUCCCAUGAGAUUUUUCGAUUCCAAUCCAAUCGGAAGAAUCAUAAACAGAUUCUCAAGUGAUAUGGGGGUUAUUGACAAGAAAUUGCCCGUGACAUUACCUGUUCUGUUGAGGUUCCUGAUGCUCUGCCUGUCAGCCAUCCUGGUAGAUGUCUGUGUCACCCCGUACUUCUUGAUAGUGGUGGUGUUUGUCGUGGCAGCCUACUAUAACAUUCAGUUCUUCUUCCGGCACUCUUCAAGAGAGCUACAACGUCUUGACAGUAUCACAAAGAGCCCUGUUUUCUCGCACUUCUCUGAAACACUGGCUGGCCUCAGCACAAUUAGAGCCUUCAGGGAAGAGCGCAGGUUUGUAGAGAAGAUGAAUGAACAUAUCAAUGACAACAAUUUGGCCUUCAUCAUGGUCAACUGUGCCAACUGUUGGCUUGGAGUCUCACUGGACUAUCUAGGUGGCGUGAUUCUCUUCUUGGCAACUGUUUCAUCUCUCACUGCGGCCAUUAUGGGAACGACCACCACAUCCUUCGUGGGCAUUGCCAUGACGUACACAUUGCUUGUGCCCAUCUAUUUAAAUUGGCUCGUGAGGCAAGUCUCUAAUGUGGAGAUGUACAUGAGCUCUGUUGAGCGUGUCAGCAAAUACUGUCAACUGCCCAUUGAACGUGUUCCUUCGCCCAUCGAAGUGCCCCUCGACUGGCCUAGCAAGGGAGAGGUGCGAUUUGAAAAAGUCACGAUGACUUACGAGGCAGGCCUUGAUCCCAUACUGCGUAAUGUCUCAGUCACCUUUGCACCCGGUGAAAAAGUUGGCAUCUGCGGACGAACAGGGAGUGGUAAGUCAUCUCUGGUCAUGGGCCUUUUCAAGAUGGUCCCCAUCAGUGAAGGGAAAAUUUUUGUGGAUAACGUCGACAUCUCAAUGGUGCCUUACGAUGUUCUGCGCUCCCGUCUCGCAAUCAUACCUCAGGAGCCAAUUCUCUUUUCUGGAACAAUCAGGCAAAACUUAGACCCCAAAAGAAUGCACACAGAUGAAGAGCUUUGGAAUGUGCUGGAAAAGGCCCACCUCAAGGAGAUUGUUGUUCUGUAUGGUGGACUGGAUGGCGAAGUGUCCGAGGAAGGGUCAAACUUCAGCAUCGGUCAGAAACAGCUGUUUUGCUUUGCCAGAGCGCUGCUGCAGCCUUCGAAGGUUCUCGUCCUGGAUGAAGCAACGUCAUCUUUAGAUGCCAACUUGGACAAUCUCAUACAGGAGACUGUCCUCAAUGAGUGGGCCGACUCAACUGUCCUGGCCAUAGCUCAUCGAGUGACUGGUUUGCUGAACUUUGACAAGAUCAUCGUUCUUGAAGCUGGCCAUAUCGUCGAGUCCGGCUCUCCGGCAGAGUUAAAGCAGAAGAGAGGAAGCAUAUUUAUGUCUCUUCUGAAGGAAGCUGAGCAGUAGCAACAUUUUUACAGAGAAGUUGCUAGCUGUUUUUGAACUUGGAUAACAUUGUUUCCAGAAAGGGCCACUUGCGUGUUACAUAGUGCCACUGCUCACAGAUUUAAUUUUAUUUGGAGCAGCACACAAGGUGCCGAAACUGCGACAGCUGCCACAUCUUUGAAAUGAGCUUUCAUUUCUUUAGAAAAACAUUUAGUAGAGUUAUUUUCGAGAGCACAUGACUGAAUGACGUACUGUGGCUAGUAGGGUUUCCUGUUGUGUUAUCUACAAGAACUGUACUUGUGAGGUAAGGCCUUAAAGUAGCCACCACGGGGAACAUUCGACAUAUUUUUGGCUUACUGUCAGCGUGUCUGUUUAGCUGUGCAAAGAACCGACCACAACCCUAGCCGAAAUGUAAUCAGUAGUAUAAUUAUCGGUAAAAGCUGAUGCCUUGUGGAACACAUUUUGGCCACUGUAUCAGCGUGGUUAUAAUCUUGACCGAAAUGUGUUCAAUACUGUUAUACGUCUUGUAAUGCACACUUUGGCUACAUUAACACUAUGGUUAUUGCACGGUGCGAAAUGGUUAUGGUGACACCGGCAGCUAUUGUGCAAUACCUGUGUCUCAUACGGUUUCCACUCUCGGCUUCUCUUGAAGUGGAGUUCUGUGUGCCAAGUGUGGGAACAGCCUCAUUCCAUACCGGUGCUGAAUGUUGCGGGUUAUUCUUUUAACAAGUGUUCUCUAAUUAGGCAUAUUUGGUGCCAACCAUCUAUGUGCCUCCUGCUUGUGUAAAUAUUUAAUGCACUUGUUGCACACUCCUUUUGUCCCGCCAGAGGGUCCAUUUCUUUCUUUUUGUCAUUGUUCUUUCACCAUUGUGCCUACUGCUGAGCAGCUUUUAUGAUUAUUUAUUGUUGUUGUUUUUAUCUUUCUUUCUUUUGCACUGUUUUGCACUGCAUUUUUAGAAAAUGAAAGAAAGGUUGUUGAAUGGAAGGAGAUAUUUAUUUUACAGAUGGAAUACUCUAUUUUUGCCAAUGUCAAUUCUACACAUGUUCUUGAUAAAGUUAUUUAAUAAACAUUUUUCUGUAGGUA